AUGUUGGCCAACUGGUCAACCGAUGGGUAUUCGAGCAAUGGAGUGCCUCGAGGUGACUACGAGAUUCCGGAUAUUGUUCUUGAUGGGCCCUACACUCGUAAGAUCCGCGUACUCUCCAUCGGGGCAGGAGUGACUGGAAUCAUGAAUGCCUACCAUAUCCAGAAACAUCUCGAGAACGUCGAGCACGUUAUCUACGAGAAAAAUGAAGACAUUGGAGGCACAUGGCUCGAGAAUAGAUACCCUGGAUGCGCAUGUGACAUUCCCUCCCAUGCCUAUACAUAUGCCUUUGCCUUGAAUCCCGAAUGGCCUCGAUUCUUUUCCUAUUCUCCCGACAUCUGGAAGUACCUCGACAAAGUUUGCGAGGUAUUCGGACUCCGCAAGUACAUGAACUUCAAAACCGAAGUGGUCGGAUGUUACUGGCAACAGGAGACUGGCGAGUGGCUCGUCAAGCUGAAGCAGACCAAUGCCGACGGAACCACGAGGCUGUUCGAGGACAGAUGUCACAUGCUUCUUCAUGGGACAGGCAUUUUGAACAACUUCAAGUGGCCCAAUAUUGAGGGCAUGGAGAAAUUCAAGGGCCGCAUCAUCCACACUGCCCGAUGGCCAAAGGACUAUCAGGCGGAAGAAUGGAAGAAGGACAGAGUCGCGGUCAUUGGAUCUGGAGCCUCGAGUAUUCAAACGGUGCCCACCAUGCAACCCCAUGUGAAACAUAUGGAUGUCUUUGUCAGAACAGGCGUCUGGUUUGUCCAAAUUGCGAACAAUUUUGGUGCCAACCACGAAUAUACAAGCGAGCAAAAGACCGAAUUCCGUGACCCAUACAAGGUCGUUGAGCACGCCAAGUCGAUCGAGGACCAAGUCAAUGGACUGUGGGGAAUGUUCUACAAAAAUGCAGAAGCCCAGAAGAUGGGAAGGGAGAUGAUCAAAGCACGAAUGGCAGAAUUCAUUGGAGACAAGAGGUUGUUGGAGGGUUUCACUCCCACUUUCGGCAUUGGUUGUCGUAGAGUUACUCCAGGCGAUCCUUACAUGCAGGCGAUUCAGAAAGAGAAUGUCGACGUACACUUUACGCCAGUCACCAAGAUCGACGAAACCGGCGUCAUUGGAGAAGAUGGCAUUCACCGUGAAGUCGACACGAUUGUAUGUGCCACUGGCUUCGAUGUGUCGUACCGUCCUCGGUUCCCCAUCGUUGGACAGAAUGGCAUCGAUCUCGCCGACAAGUGGAAGGUCUGCCCUGAAGGAUAUCUCGGCCUAGGUAUUCCUGGGUUCCCCAACUUCCUCACCUUUGUCGGACCAAAUUGGCCUGUUGAGAACGGCAGCGUGAUGGGUCCGUUGCUGUAUGUAUCGUACUACGCAAUGGAGAUGAUCAAGAAGAUUCAGACCCAGUACAUCUGCAGUCUAUCUCCGAAGCAGGAUGUGACGGACGCAUUCAAUGAUCAUUGCCAGGAGUGGAUGAAGCAUACCGUCUGGGUAGAGGAAUGUCGAUCAUGGUACAAGAACAACGAUACGGGUCGCGUCAACGCCGUAUGGCCUGGUAGUUCACUUCACUAUAUCGAGGCUAUCAAACAUCCGCGAUGGGAGGAUUACGACAUCGAAUAUCUUGGACCAGGAAAGAAGAAUAUGUGGGCUUUCUUGGGCAUGGGCACCGUGAAGGCGCUCGUGAACAAGGAGGACCCUUCGCCGUACCUUAGUGCAGAGGCGAUUGACCCUGACUGGAUGAAAGCCAUGGGCAUGAAUGCGAACAAACUCGCCGAGACCAAAAUUGGUGAGUUGAAGGCCAUGCAGGAAAAGCAGGAGGAAAAGAGCAAGGAAACUGUUGAAAGGACCGCAAUCUCAUCCAACGGCGCAUAG